AUGGUCCAGAGGGUGGCAGUGAUCGGAGCAGGGCCUUCAGGUCUGACCAGCAUUAAAGCCUGUUUGGAUGAAGGUUUGGAGCCGACCUGCUUUGAAAGCAGCCAAGCCAUCGGAGGGUUGUGGAGAUUUAAGGAGACCCCAGAGCUGGGUAGAGCAAACAUCUAUCCAUCUGUGAUCAUCAACAGUUCCAAAGAGAUAACUUCAUUCAGUGACUUCCCUCCUCCGGCUGAAUUUCCAAACCACAUGCUCCACUCUGAGGUUCUCCUGUAUCUGCAGCUUUACGCUCAGGCCUUCAAACUGCUGCAAUACAUCAACUUUGAGACCACUGUCGUCACUGUGAGGCAGGUCCAGGGUUUUGCUGUGAAAGGACAGUGGGAGGUUGAGACUGAAAGUAGAGAUGGUCAGAGGAGGAUUCAAGUGUUUGAUGCAGUGAUGGUUUGCACCGGUCACUACACAAAACCCCAUCUACCUCUCCAGGACUUCCCAGGUAUUGCAGAGUUUCCUGGAAAAUAUUUCCACAGUUGGGAAUAUUGCAAUGCCAAGGGUCUGGAUGGGAAAACGGUGGUGGUGAUCGGUGUCGGGAACUCUGGAAGUGACAUUGCUGUGGACAUUAGUCGGGUGGCUGAGAAGGUGUACCUGAGUACGCGGAGUGGAGCCUGGCUGGUCAGCCGUGUUGGACCAGGCGGUAUACCAGCUGACUUGAUUGGAACCUCUCGCAUGCACAUGAUGAUCAAGAGGCUUUUUCCAUCUCAAGUUGAAAAGAUGGUGGAGAACAAGCUCAACCAAACAUUAGACCACAGUCUCUAUGGACUGAAACCAAAACAUGGUUUCUUUGACCAGAUUCCUGUCGUGAAUGACGAGCUGCCAGCACGAAUUAUUUCAGGCCGUGUUCAGGUGAAGCCAAAUGUGAAGCGCUUCUGUGGCUCCGCUGUCGUCUUUGAUGAUGGAAGUAUUUUGGAUAAAGUAGAUGUGGUGGUGUUUGCCACAGGUUACAACUACAGCUUCCCUUUCUUGCCGUCAGCUCUCCAAGCUAAAUGUGGUCACCGUCUGUGUCUCUACAAACACGUCUUUCACCCAACGCUGACCAAACCGACCUUGGCCGUGGUGGGAUUCAUCCACGGUCUUGGAGCCAUCAACCCACUGGCUGAGAUGCAGGCUCGAUGGGCCACCAGAGUUUUUAAAGGAUUAACGACUGUACCAUCCAAGGAAGCCAUGAUGGAAGAGAUCGAGAGGGAUACAGCCACCAUGCAUCAGAAAUUUGCCUGCUCUGAGCGCAACCCUCUCCAGGUGGAGUACAUCCCAUAUCUGGACUCCCUGGCCGAGCUUGUGGGAGCAAGGCCAAAUGUGCCAAGGCUCUUGCUGAGGGACCCAAAACUGGCUCUGCAAGUUCUGCUCGGACCCUGCACCCCUUAUCAGUACCGUCUUACUGGACCUGGCCAGUGGCCAGGAGCCCGAGAGGCCAUCUUGACUCAGUGGGACAGAGUGCUAAAACCCUUUAGAACCAGAGUAGUGUCAGAACCAGAGAGCAACGGCGGCUCAACUAGGCCGAGAAUGUUAAUGAUUUUUGCAGCUGCGAUUUUCCUCUGCUGUGUCUACAAGAAACAGAAAAGCAUGUCUUUGCUCUCACAUCUGCCAAAUAUUAAAGCAAUGUGGUGA